AGGUGCGGUCACUCUUUCAGCUAUUCAUAUUUUUUUCUUAUUGGCAUAUAUUUCGAAGUGCUUGCUGUCCGUCUUUAAAGUCGUGCAUAGGUACAGUGAACAAGAAAAUACCUAACUCGUAACGAAAUUAAUAGAUAUCUUAGACAAACUCCCAGUAUCUAAAUCUUCCAACACUAAUUUCCAUCAUUGACUACUUUCCAAAUUGUUCCCAGAUCAAUAUGUCGGACAGCGAUGAUGAUAGUGAAGUGUCCUUUAAAACGGCUGAGGAGACCAGCCCGUCGCGUGGGAAAACAAUUUUUCCUAUAACGAGCCAUGAGUUGAGCUCGCUGGAGACAAAGCUUAACCGAAUCGUAUACAUACAGCAGGCGGACGCUGUUUAUCAUAAGGCGAUAAGCGAUAUGCGAAAUCAGAUGAGCAUAUCUUUGGUGGCGGAGCCUAGUUUCUAUGGACGCCACAGACCUGUAGCGGUGCUAGUGGUGGCUACAACAAAUCAGACAUAUGUGUUCGAUAUCCAGGCACUGGGCGCCAUUUUUCCUGAGCUGGUAAAGCUGCUGGAGGCUGAACAUCCGAGAAAAGUGGUGCACUAUAGUCAUCGUAUUGCCGAUCAGCUUCUCUAUAAGCACCGAAUUAAUCUGAAGGGAGUGAGCGACACUUUUGUGGCUCUGUGCGUGGCCCGGCAGGAUAGAAGUCCCUUUUUAUUGCAAGAAGCGAUUUCGUCAGUGUUUAAUAUUCCUUUAAUCGAACUGCUGUGCGAAGAGGUCACCGGGGUAAGAGAGUCGCGUAAACUCUUCACAGCACGCCCGUUGAGCGUGGGCCAGUUGCGUUUUCUGGGCAGGAUGGCCAUACUGCAGAACCAAAUGCACGAUCGGCUAAUCUUUGGCAACAUUUGUGCUGGGAUGCAACGCAUGUCUGCUACAUUUAGUCAAAGCUUCUGCCGUUUUCGAAAUGGGUCUGAUGUGGCGAUGUAUAUGGGUCCGAAAAGUCGAUUUGGCUUCCAAUGCAUCGAUCCGUACUACAAUUCAUGCGCAGACUUUCUGCCUCUGCCAGAGGCCAAUUUAAUUAAUCAUCCAAAAAAAAAAGGAAAUAAUUAAAUUUUCGUUGUAGAAAUAGGUUCCCUGGACUAGAAUCGGGAUAGAAGAGAACUUACUUUAAGAAUUAAGGCAUCAUGAAAUACUACAGGAUAACUAGAUAUCCAAGCUUCCGAACUUGAGUAAAAUUUGAUGAUUGGUCUAAUGUUACCAUUGAACAACAAGCCUACAAUUGGCACAAUUUUUCCAAAAGAUGAAUAAUAUUAUAAAUUAUCAGUUUUACAAUUCAUUUUGUUUCAUGAAUAGUUAUAUAAAUUAUAUUAUAUUAAUAUAAUUUCUAUCUGUUCUCGCCUGAUUUCU